AUGUUGCAGGCAAUUAAUACCUUGCUUCACCGCGUCAUGUGGCGCUACACCAAGGCCCACAUGCAGUCGACACGCGAGGACCUGUCCGAGGGGCAACUGGUCGGCGAGGACCGGCUUCACGAGGACUUCCUCGCGCAGAUCGGCACACUCGAGAGCGUCGUGUGCAAGUGCACGAGGAAAGCGAGGGCGUGGGGGAGGCUUUCCAACGGCGGGUACAGCUCCACAAACGCGAAGGCAUUCCAGGAAGGAUUCUGGUACUCCAUGCUCCAGUUCAUGACGGGCCCGCGUCGCCACGCCUCCGGGAUCCUGACCAUCCCCAAGUCGGACUUCGGGAACCCCAAGAUCAUGCGCUUCCUGUCCCCAUACGUCGGCGGCAACGACAACCUGGUCGUGGAGGAGACCCCGGCCGAAGACGUGGAGAGCAGGUUUUUUGUCGCGUUCGGCAGGCCCAAGAUCGCCGGUCCCGCGAUCAAGAGGACCCUGAAGACCGUGGGGUUUACCGUCUCCGACCGGCAAUCACAACGCGCGAAGAAGCGCAUCGCGACCGCGUCUAAGGAGGAUGAAGCGGGUGCCAUUUCGCGUCUUCCAUCCCUUUUCGAAGGGAUCGAGCGCGAUUGUCCGGGUUCGGUCGCCACCGUCGAGAUGAGUCCCGACAACCGGUUCGUCAGGAGCUGCUUGAUGCUGGGUAAGGCCGCCUACGUCGCCGCGCACAGUGUCCCCAAGGCGAGUGCAUCUCUUUCGUGA